UCCACCUUUCGUAGUACCGGUUAACCGGGAAGUUACUCCUGAAGUUACCUGGAUAAGCCAGUUACCCCGCUUCGUAGUACAGGCGACAGGAGGCAUUACAGAUCCAGGUGGGGUCAUGAGGGGUUGCAGGCAUCGGGCUGGAAGAGCUGCGAGGAAGAGGAGGCAGAAACAAGAAAGUCUCAUCCAGUCAGUUUCUCUGUGUCACCAUCUGCAGUAUGUGAAGCUAUUGAAAUUUCUUCACCAACGGGGAUUCACCUCAACGCUGCUGCAGCCAGCCCUCUUCACUGACACAGGCAGAGGACUGCAAGCUCUCAAGACCAUAAAGCCUGGCCAGCUGGUAAUUUCUCUGCCAGAGUCCUGUCUCCUCACAACCUCAACUGUUCUGGACAGCUACCUGGGACAGUAUAUCAAGAGCUGGAAGCCCCGCCUCUCUCCUCUGUUGGCACUCUGUGUCUUCCUGGUGUGUGAGCGGCACAGAGGAGAAGCCUCCGACUGGUUCCCUUACAUCAACGUGCUGCCUACCACUUACACCUGCCCCGCCUACUUCACCGACGAUGCCAUGGCUGUUCUGCCUGCCAGUGUGCGGCGACGGGCUUUGGAGCAGAGGGAGGAGGUGCGAGAAAUCCACUCCUUUAAUCAAGACUUCUUCAGAUCCCUGCAGCCAGUCCUGAGUCAGCCUGUAGAUGAGGUGUUGACAUAUGAAGCAUUGAGGUGGGCAUGGUGUAGCGUCAACACACGCUCUGUCUUCAUGUCCCACCCAUCCAACGACUUCCUGUUUGGACAGGAUCUUUAUGCUUUAGCUCCAUUUCUGGACCUGCUCAAUCACCGCCCUGACGUGCAGGUAAAAGCCAGUUUUAAUGACAUGACAAGAUGUUAUGAAAUCAGGAGCAUUUCCGGGACACUCGGUUACCAGCAGGCCUUCAUUAACUAUGGUUCCCAUGACAACCAGCGCCUAAUGCUAGAGUACGGAUUUGUCGCCCCGUACAACCCCCACAGUGUGGUCUAUGUGGAAACAGAUCUCCUCUGUGACGUUUUAAAAGGUGACAAAAGUUUGGAUCAGAAGAUCAAGUUUCUCAGAGAGAACGAUUUCCUUCAUAAUCUCACUUUGGCCAGUGAAGGUCCCAGUUGGAGGCUGAUGACGGCUCUCAGACUGUUGUCUCUCCCACAAACACUGUAUCCCCACUGGAAGGCAGUGUUGCUCGGCCAGGUGGUGAGUGAAGAGAGAGAGGAGUGGAGCGUCCAGACAGCUAACGCUGUCUGUCAGCGGCUGCUACAUGACACAAACAGAGCUCUGGAUAAGAUCUCCCACCUCCUCCAGCAGUGUGACCAGUCAGUCAGGGAGCAGCUAGAUGUGGUAAAGUCACUGCGACAGGAAGAGAGGUGCAUCCUGGGAAGCUGCCUUCAGGCACUGGAAGGCACACUGAGACAACCAGACGAAGUGUUGUCAUGCCAUCCUGAUGAUGACACUGUGAGCUGACAUUUGAUUGGUGCUCUAGCCUGCCAGUCUCUAGAAGAAUUAAGGUUAUUGUCUGAACUGGUGAUGCUGGACAGACUUUAUGUUCCUGAUCUGCUUGUCGACCAGUAUGGCUGACAGUGGCAGCAGGAUUGCCUGGCGUCCUGUAACCACAGGGUCACAGGUUGAUUCCAGGCAUGCUGAACAGUGAGGCUGUCAUCACCACCAUCAACUGAGCCAAGUGAAGGUCAAAGAGACGGUGCGCUAGAAUUGCUGUAAACAAACUGGACUCAGGUAAGACAGAUUCGUGUGAAAACAGAGACGACAGAAGACGACAACAAUGACUGGAAACUGGAAACAUCACUAACUGGCGUGGGAUGUGCACGGCCCAGGACCGGAGGGCUCUGCAGCGGGGGAUUAAAACUGCUCAGAAGAUCAUUGGCACCCAUCUCCCGAGCAUAAGUGAUAUCGGUGAGG